AUCAUGGAAGCAUGGAAUGACAUUCUGACAAAAAUUAUCAUUAAGUCUUUUGAAAAAUGUGGUAUUUCUAAUGUAUUAGAGAAUCAGUUAGCUGAAUCAAAUGAUGUUGAAGAGAUUCAAGGAUAUGAUAUAGUACUGGAGAGUGAAAAUAAAAAAAACGAAAAAAUCGUUACUACAACUAGUACAAGAAAUACAGAUAAAAACUAUAUAAUCAGAAUGAACGAACAUGAAGUAAUGAGUAUUGCAUUGUAUUAA